AUGGCCCCGGCAAGCAAAGGUAGAUAUCGUCGUCUCGCCGAAACAUACAACGACGACAGCCAAGAUGCCGAUGGAGGACAUGCAUGUGAUUGUCAUCAGAAAAUCAAGGAUUUGAGGAGAAGGCUCCUGGUCUGCAUCAUCUUGUGCUGCGCCCUUGCCAUCUAUAUCGUCUGCCUCGGUGUGCGUUUGUAUCCGAGACUCAUACGGCCCAUGGUUCCGUUGGGUGCCGAUCCAUGGGGCCUCGUUCCCUUCGAGGUGGGCCAGCCAGCUUCGUGGCGGUCAUUCUACAACGACUCACGAGACCCUUAUUGGAUUGACGAAGACACAUUCGACAACCUGGAUGACAUCCGGCGCGCCGUCCGGCGUCUCAAGUGGCUGCAGAACUCGACGAAUAUUCGUACAGGCGGCCGUACAACCAAAUAUCGUGAUAUGAACGGCAAAGAGGAUGUGCUACCUCCGUACCACGGCUCGACGUCGACCGAGUUGUUCGGAAUUCGCUCGUUUCAUCAGAUACACUGUAUUAUUGUCAUGGUCGAGGAUUACGGGCACCGCCUGCACGGCGAAUCUUCACAUUGGACACCAGGCCACGUCAUGCAUUGCAUUAACACGAUGCGGCAGCUGACGCAAUGCAUGGCUGACGCCACCCCGAUCUCUCUCAUCAAAGGCUCAGAAAGACACCUGGGCGACGGCCAGCAGAUGUUCUGCCGUGACUUCGAUGGCCUCCGGCACUGGGCCAACGCCCCCGAGCGAGGCGUUCGCUACGCCAUCACCUCGCCUCCAGGUGCUAAAGACGAGUAUGAGGAGAUCUGGCCUUACCCGGGGGAGUCGGAUCCUCCGGCGGACCUGUGGUGA